AGUAGCUGGAUCUGUGCUCAACGCGGAUGCGAAUGCGGAGGAUAAGCGUCGCGACGCCAGUCAGUGCCCGCCGUACCUCCGUUGGACUCUGUUCCUAGAGGCCCGUCGCGAUGCCAUGUGGACCAACGCGAAACGAAACAAUUCCAUUUUGAAACUAUUUUAAUCUCGUCACACAUUUCACGGACUAAUAAAUACAAUACAACUCGACCAAAGAACAAUUGAUCCUCAAGUCGGUCUUCGGCUGUGCUGCUGCUGCUGCGUUCAUUUAAAUAUAGUUACUUAGUUCGUACCUUCACACAUAUUAUAUUUAUAGUUCGCGCUCUUGUGCCAGGAUUUUAAUGGAGUGAUAUAUAAGUGUGUCUGCAUGUAAACGUGUGCUUAUCCCUAAUGAUAUCUAGACGACAAUGUACCUCUUCGUUUCUUUCAUGGUUUGCCUUAUUUUGCGUGCUGCGCGUAGCAGUCUCACAUCCAAAGACAGGUGAUGGAGGUGGCCGCGAGGUGACCACUGUGUUCCCUGAGAUGCCCCAGGGCGACAUGAAUGCUCCAAGGCAGAUGCUCAGCCCUCAAGAUCCUUGUCAUGCUUUCGUGGACGUCGACCUGGAAAAACAGGAGUUCUUCAGUCCUGCAUAUCCGGCCCAGAUCUAUCCAAAUCACACCGAUUGCGUUCUAGUACUCGAAGCUCCCGAGGGCCACCUGAUAAAACUGGAUUUUCGGGAUUGGUUCGAACUGGAGCCCAGUCAGGAUUGCAGGAACGAUUACCUGGAGGUUCGGGAUGGCGCUCACGGCUACAACAAUCUGAUGAUGCAACCCUUUUGCGGUUUCGAUUUUCCGCCGAUGCUCACGUCCUCAGACCGUCAUCUCUGGAUUCAUUUCCGGUCAGACGAGAACAUCGAGUACAGAGGAUUCAAAGCCGUCUACGAAUUCGUACCCAGACCUACAUCAUCAUCAACUCCGCCUGAGGUAAGACCUUGCAUCAUUCCAGUUGGUGGAGACGAAGGAUUCCCAAAAAAGUCCGACAUAAGCAACGAGACAUUGGCAUUCAACGAGAGGUAUAAACUUCCGAUUGACUGCAUUUGGGUGAUCACCGUCAAGGAAGGAUGGAGGAUCCAGUUGUCCUUCAAGUUGUUCUCAUUGGCAAGACCUAAUGACUGCGACAGCAACUUCGUGGACGUCUUCUCGGAUAGGACAGAUAUACCAUCCAGGGACAAGAACUUCUGCGGAUCCAUCGCGGACACAGUCAGCUCUAAAAAUAACAUAAUGUUCAUUAGGUUCUUCGCAGAGCCAAGGGCCAGCGCCAAAUCCACGUUCGAGGCCCUUUUCACGGCAUACCGAGAGAACGAUAAAUCCAAUUCCGAAUGUGCAGCAGAUGAGUUCAACUGCGAGGAUGCCACCUGCAUUUCCAUCGAUCUCAAGUGUAACGGCCGCUUUAAUUGCCGGUUCCGAUGGGACGAAGACGACUGUGAUGGAGGACUUAUGAACAACAAAGCGAUGCCGCUCAGUGAGAACCACAUCAUCAUCAUCAUGGUGAUAUUUUCCCUCAUCUUAUCCGGCAUGUGCUGUACGUUCCUCUUCAAUUGUAUCAAGAAACUUGUCAGGGACCACCGAACAAUACAGGAAUACGUUAGGGAGAGCCGCGAGCAGGAACUGAAUCAACUGGGAAAGCAGCAGGAGCACAUGGAGCAGAAGAACAAAACGAAGGUAUCGAUUCGGUCCCGAUCCAGCAGCACGCAUUCUUCGGAUUCUAACCAUUUCGCCACAUCCAACGCUCUCACGAAUACCUCGUGCUAUGUGCCGGGUGGUGAGCUGCUACCUAUCCUCAUCCGUAACGAACACUCCAUCAAUGGUGAUGUCUACAACCAGAGAGGAUUCGAGGUGGAGGUGCAAACACCCGAGAUGUGCGACAGCGCUUGUCAGACACGGGAAUCACUCUUCUCCAACAACUCGGAACACAGCACACCGAGUCACAGCAUCACCUCCAAACCUAGUCCUCCGGCACCCUUCAGCACAUUCGGCUACAAGAAGGAGACCAAGUUCCGUGCGGAAGCCAAGAUCGAGAUGGACGAGGAGAUGCGACGUCCGUACAGUGUGCAAACCACAAAGUCUGCACCGGAUGUCAUAGUAACCCACUGACAUUUACCGAAGGCCGAGUGGGAGCCGUACAAACGGCGAGAACCUCGGCAGUUCUUGAGAACUCUCUCGAAAACGUUGGACGACAGAACGGAGAUCGAACAAACGACCCAAACCUGCGACAGCGAAUUUCACACGUGAUAAUUCUGCCGAUAAAACCAAAAAGACAAUCGCGCAAAACGUAAACAUACCCAUUACAUUUCUUAUUCCUCCAAGUUGCUCACGAUACAAUACAUAUUUUUAUAU